GGCAGAGAGGUGGUACUGCAGCGUGUCAUUGAAAAGCCGAGAGAAAACGGGCUCCAUUUUGUGUCCUUCUCGCAGUAAAAGCAGCAAGACAAUCCCUCCGAAGAAAGGAAGGAAAAAACCCAACACAAAAGACAUCUUUUACAGGCAGAAUGAGUGGCUGCCGCAUAUUUGUCGGCCGGUUGAACCCGUCCGCCAGAGAGAAGGACGUGGAGAGAUUCUUCAAAGGAUACGGCCGCAUCCGAGACAUCGACCUCAAGAGGGGCUUUGGUUUUGUGGAGUUUGAUGAUCCUAGGGAUGCUGAGGAUGCAGUUUAUGAGUUGGACGGCAAGGAGCUCUGCAAUGAGAGGGUGACCAUUGAGCAUGCUCGUGUGCGCCUGCGUGGUGGGCGAGGACGUGGUGGUGACAGAGGGGGAGGAGGAGGAGGAGGAGGAGGCCGCUUCCCAGAUCGCUAUGGCCGUGGCUCCCAGGAUAGUCGGAGGACCAACCAACCAAGUGGACCACCGGCAGAUAGGAACCCCCCACCGAUGCGUACAGAGAACCGUCUCAUCGUGGAGAACCUGUCAUCUCGCGUCAGCUGGCAGGACCUGAAGGAUUUCAUGAGACAGGCUGGGGAAGUCACGUUUGCAGACGCACACCGCCCCAAGCUCAACGAAGGGGUGGUUGAGUUCGCUUCUUACAGCGAUCUGAAAAACGCCCUUGAGAAGCUGUCUGGCAAGGAGAUCAAUGGAAGGAAAAUCAAGCUGAUCGAGGCAGCUAAGAAGAGGGGUUCCAGGAGUCGUUCCCGCUCUGAGAGCUCUUCUCGUUCUCGCUCCCGUUCUCGUAACCGGUCCCCGUCCCGCUCCAGGACCCCUCGUCGUUCCAGGUCCCACUCCCCCAAAGCCCGCUCCCCCAAGAGGGACUACAAACGCUCUCGUUCUCGUUCCCACAGCGGCUCCCCAGCGCCCCGUGCUGCUGCCCCUGGCUCCCCACCCCCGAGGGCCAAAGAGACCUCUUCCUCCUCCUCCUCUAAACGGCCCUCUAAGCCCAGCAAGUCUGCCUCCCCCAACUCCCCUCCCCCUGCACAGCGUGCGCCUUCCAGGUCUCCUUCCAGGUCUCGUGGCUCUCGCUCUCCGUCUACGGACAGCCGCCACUGAGAACACCUAGCGCAGGAGUAUACACAUUUUAAAAUAAACACACACCUCGUAUAUAAAUACUCCCAUUCAGACGAAACAGGACCGGGCAGGAACUGUUAUACCCAGCGGUUCUUGCCUGGUGUCCCUGUAUUUUCCCCUCCAUGUUUCCUCCCUCCGCUCUUCUCUUCUGACAUAGCUGAUCUUUGACCUACUUUUGUAUGGUGGGUGUUCUCAGUAAAAGCGUGGCUCUUGCUGUGAACACAAUGAGGGCUUUCGUUUUCAAUUUGAGCAUCAAGUCUAAAACCUUCUGUGGGUUUUGGUUAGUAUUUUUCUUUGUAAUAAUGGAUGUAAUUCUUGGUAAGGUAUUACAUUAUAUUUUUUUAUCAUUCAACGCUCGUGUGGCGACUCCCCCCUCUACCGGCUUUUGUUUGUCAGCUCUGAUAUCAUGAGCUGUUGAGAAUUCAAGUCCCGUUCCGUGAUGGCUAUGAAUGUGAUUGGCUAAGGUUUUGGGUCGAACCAUUCUGAUCUCAGUGUAGGGUUCUUUUUUUGGGGGGG